AUGGCAUUGGUCACCACUUUGGUCAUGGCAUUGGACAACACAUUGGUCAACACUUUUGUCAUGGCAUUGGUCAGCACUUUGGUCAGCACCUUGGUCAGCACUUUGGUCAGCACAUUGGUCAGCACCUUGGUCAGCACCUUGGUCAGCACGUUGGUCAGCACAUUGGUCAGCACUUUGGUCAGCACAUUGGUCACCACUUUAGUUAACUAUUACACAAUCACAUACAACGGUUAA